AGUACACUCAGACAUCACGUAAAGAAUUCUCUAUAUCAGAAGCAAAAAAAAGAAAAGAAAAAAAAAAGGAAAAAAAAUGCGGGAGCUCAGCACAGGACAGGAAUAAAAAGUAGAAAGCCGGAUAGGUCAUUUACAUAAUAAGCAUAGUUAGCAGAUUAUCUUUGAAAUACAUUUAUUUCUUUUUUUCAUAGAAUAGCAAACAAGGUACACAGAAUAUCAUCCCAUCGUUUCUUGGAAGUAUCUGCUUUCGUCUGAGAAGAUUUACUACACCAUAAACGCUUUCCUAAAAUGCGCCUUCAAACGCUAAAAUAUACGCCGACACGUCUCGAAUGCUUCAUGACGUAAUCACAAACAGCGUGACGUAAUCUCGAUGUCUUAAGAGUUUUAAGAGCUUUAAAUCUCUCGUGAAGCAAUCGAUCACAACUCUGACGAAAUUGAUAACUUUUAAAGCACUAUUUACGUCAGUAAAUCAAUCACAAGGUUUUUCAGUAAGCUGUCAAUCUCUGACAAAUUGAUCAGAAAUUCCACAAUCAGAUUGAAAUUCCCUUGAAUGUUUUUCUUUCGUUAAUAACAAACUGCGACGUUGACGCUUCUAUCUUUUCAGUCAACGACCAUGUGUGGCAUUCCGGUAAUGCAUCUGACAAUCCCGUCAUGCUCCAGUCCAUCCUGAGAUACACUGGUCAAUCCCAUCAUGCACCACUCCAUUCUGAGAUGCACCGGUCGAUCUCUCAUCAUGCACCACUCCAUUCUGAGAUGCACCGGUAGAUCUCUCAUCAUGCACCACUCCAUCCUGAGAUGCACCGGUCGAUCUCAUCAUGCACUAGUCCACCCUGAGAUGCAUCAGUCAAUUCCAUCAUGCACCAGCUAGAAUCAAUGCCAGUAUGGAGGUGAACAUAUUGAAACAUUUCUGGAAAAGCACUGGUUUUUGCCCACCAGACCCCCAUCAGGACUUCUACAAGUUCAUGUCAACCAAUGAUAUUGCACAGAACAUAGUCUAUAUUGGCUCUGUACCCAACAAUGGCAYUGAACAAAUCCGUAUUCAUUGGUUGUUAGACUUAAUGUCAAUGUCUAUAUCUCAUGAUGGUACAAGGGAGUACUCAUUCACCUACCUGGACAAGGCAUUGAAGUUGUUGCUUAGCAACGGGCUCAGACCAGGAUUUGAGCUGAUGGGAAACCCAUCAGACUAUUUUACAGACUUUGAUGACGAGAAGGAAAUCUAUGCUUGGAGGGAUUUGAUAAAGGCACUGGGACUUCACCUUAUAGAGCAAUAUGGACUGGAAGAAGUCUCUCAAUGGAAUUUUGAAUCAUGGAAUGAGCCUCAGAACAAAGAACAUUUUGAUGGAAUAAAAGUCUCUCUGCCCGGAUAUUUGAAUUACUAUGAUGCUUGCUCUGAGGGGCUACGUAUGGCACACCCCACUUUGAGACUUGGUGGUCCUGGUUCUGGAGACCCUGAGACACAUCCAAUAUUCUAUUCUCUUCUUGAUCACUGUCACAAUGGAAUCAACUUCUUCACCGGCAAGAAAGGAGUGAGACUGGACUUUAUUUCCUUCCACAUCAAAGGGCAAGGACAUUCAAGAACUAUACUAGAGACAGAACAACGUGUACUCAGUACCAUCGAACAAAAAUUCCCCAAAUUUGUUGGGAUCCCUGUGUACAACGACGAAGCCGAUCCCCUUGUGGGUUGGAGUAAGGAAGAGGAGUGGCGUGCUGAUGCUAGGUAUGCGGCUAUGGUUGUCAAGAUUAUCGCUGAACAUCAAAACCUCUUGAUACCGACUCAUAGAAUGAAAACUCUCCUGGCUCGAUUUCAAAUGAACACGUCGCAUCCCCGGAAAGUUGAGUUCAUUAAGAAGCCUGUGUUUAGUGUGAUGGGGCUGCUCUCCAUUCUUGGUGACCGACAGGUCUUCACUGAAGUUUCCAUGGUGACCAAUUGUUUCGCUAGGAACGAUGAUUUAGGACUACUUGCCUCCACCGUUCACGACCACGGCAUCCGAUACAACAACUGGGAGCUUACAGUUAUUGCUUAUAACAGUAACGACACGACUAACCGUACUGGGAAAGCUGUGGUAAACCUAAACAUUAGUGGGGUACCUGUGGUGAACGAAGUAUUGUACGUUGUAUAUAUGAUUGACAACAAGCAUGGCAAUCCUUACGGCACAUGGAGAAAGAUGAUGUCUCCGGUGUUUCCUACGGAAAAGCAGUUCCACGAGCUUCGUCUAAAUCAGGAACCUGUGCGGGUGGCUGGCCCGCUUCCCCUUCCUCCAGAAGUGCGUCCAGGGAUCAUUACGUCUCGCUUAGAAGUGGCUUUACCUGGUGUGGUCUUGAUGCAUUUUUGUGCUAAGCCACUAACUCCUCCCUCAAAGAUUGCAGAGGUUUCGCUUCUUGAUGUUUCAAGCAACGAGGUCCUGGUGUCAUGGAAACACCCUGGAGCCCGGUGUAUCAAGACAUAUAAAGUUCUAUACUCGAAGACUUUCGAAGCCGGUCCUUAUGUAGUGGUGAACCACGUGGAUAUCAUCUUCCUUGCCUAUCAAGUGGUCGUUGAAGAUGAGAAAGAUCAAAGACGCAAUUCUCACAAAGGUUGGUUCAAAGUACGCGCCGUCGAUUACUGGGAUCGGAUUGGACAAGAAUCGAAACCAAUUGAAUGGAAUAGUCCUAUUGGAAGAGUCUAGUUUCUAGUUUAACUGGUUAGUCACGUGACGAGGUCACCAACAACGAAAAUACAGUAAUUUUAAAAAGAGCUUAACGUCAUUCUCUACUUUCACAUCCCCAUAAUGCCUUGCGUCUUUGGGGGGUAACCAAAGGGUAAAAACCCACUUAUUUUGCUGAAGGCUGAUCAGACA